AUGCGGGCUCUGAAGUUUUUUUGGGCUGCCAUUUUGGCUACUCCGGCGGCAAGCAAGUACAUUGUUCCCGGGGGUAGAUGGCAGGACACCAAUGGAUCUGUCAUCAAUGCCCACGGAGCUGGAAUUACUUUUGAUAAGAAGUCCGGCUUGUUUUGGUGGUUUGGUGAAUUUAAAACGGAAGAGCACCCUGAAGGUGGUGGUGUUUCCGUGUAUAGCUCGGAGGAUUUGAGUGUUUGGACUCCCGGGGGACUAGCGCUGGUUGCAAAAUUUCUUCGUCUGACAAAACAUCAAGCUCCCAUCGAGGGGCACCCCUACAUCUCGACUAGCAACGUUAUCCAACGACCGAAGGUUGCCUAUAGCGCGGAAACUGAGGACUACCAUAUGUGGUGGCAUGCCGACAACUCCAAAUACGGGCUUUUGCUUCAAGGCCACGCUGUGUCCUCUAGCAUCGGUGGUCCCUACAAAUUCGUCGAUGCAACUGCGCCGCUCGGGAACUGGUCUCAGGAUUUCGGUUUAUUUACAGAUUACAAAGAUGGCCGCUCCUACGCUCUAUAUUCAAAUGGCGACAGUGUCGAUGGGCGCGAUGUCUACAUUUCAAGCAUGAACGACAACCUGACCUCUCUCGAGGACGUCGUGUAUCGAUUCCCAAAGUAUGAUCUUGAAGCACCUACCAUCAUGCAAACCGAGAAAAGCUAUUGGGCCUUGAUGAGUCACAAGACGGGUUACAGGCCAAACAAUGUGGUAGCAUUCCGUGCUGAUUCGUUGAAAGGCCCUUGGUCCCAACCGUUUAUUGUUUCACCUCUCAACACAAGAACCUUCAACUCACAGUCGGGAUAUACCCUGAGAAUCGAAGGAACCAAAAAGACAACUUACCUCUACAUUGGAGACCAGUGGGACUCAAACUCUGUUUGGGAUAGUCGAUACAUAUGGCUACCAAUCCAAAUCGACGAGAAAGCCAAGACUUUGGAGCUUGAAUGGCAUGAUGUCUAUGAUCUCAACGUGAAAACGGGGGAGUGGAAGCCUGUCAAGGGAAAGACUUAUAAUGCAAAGAGUGCAAAGGUCUCUGGGGAUGCAUACAAGCAGGAGGCCAAUUUCGGGACAGACGGCAUCAUCCUGACUGGUAUCUACGCCAACAGCAGCACUGCUACUUUUGAAAAUAUCGAAGGCUCCGGAAAGCCACAAUGGGUGUCUUUCUACUACCAAAAUACCGAUGACAUGGGAUUCGGAGAUCAACCUGGAGGGUCCCCCGACCGCAUCGGUGGCUCGUGGCAGCUCCGCCGCAUCAGCAGUGUGAUUGUGAACGGGGAACCGUCAAGCAUUCAAACGUUGUACCAAAGGGAUACACACAAGGGGAUCAUCCUCUCCACACCCCUGAAGCUUACACUACAGAAGGGAAAGAAAAAUACGAUCACAAUCGGUGGCUUGUAUAAUGGAGUUGAUUACAAGGGAGCGGAUUUGGAUCGGAUAGUCGUGUAUCCUGCUGAGGAGUAG